AUGUCCCAAGUUUUCAAAGACAACAUCUUUUCAGGAAAGGUAGUGUUUGUCACUGGUGGCGCAGGAACUAUCUGCAGGAAGCAAACGGAAACGUUGGUGAAACUGGGAGCCAACGCCUGCAUUAUUGGGCGUAGAGUUGAACCCACAGAAGAAGCAGCAAAAGAGAUUGCAAAAGUCAGAGAGAAUGCUAAAGUGAUCGGUGUUGGGGGAAUAGACGUUCGGCAGGUUAACCAACUGGCAAAAGCUGUUGACCAAUGUGUCAAAGAACUAGGAAGAAUUGAUUUUGUCAUCUGCGGGGCAGCUGGAAACUUCUUAGCAGACUUCAACCACCUUUCAGCCAAUGCAUUCAAAUCAGUUGUUGACAUCGAUCUGUUGGGUUCAUUUAAUACAGUGAAAGCGUGCUUCGAACAGCUACGGCUAAACAAAGGAUGUGUCCUAUUCGUGUCUGCAACGCUUCAUUACCAAGGUGUCCCGUUUCAAAGCCAUGUAGGAGCCGCCAAGGCUGGUGUGGACGCUCUGUCUAAUGCUCUGGCAGUAGAAUUGGGGCCUAUAGGUAUCCGUUGUAACGCUAUAGCCCCUGGAGCUAUCGAUAACACUGAAGGUUUCAACCGACUAGUGACCAAUCCUAGUAAUGUGGACAAGUAUAUUCCUCUGCAGAGAAAAGGCUCCACCUCUGAGAUAGCCGAUGUUACAGCAUUUUUGUUUUCUGAUGCUGCCAAGUAUGUUACAGGGACGGUGAUCCCAGUUGAUGGGGGUAUGUGGCAUCUUGGAUUUCCCAUGCGGGAUUUCUAUCCAGAGAAGCUGGCAAGCCAGCUAAGAGACAAGCCAAAGUUAUAA